CUAUUCAAGUUCACAGCUGAGCGGUACGUCGAGCUGGUGUGGUCGUGGCCGUGUUUUGAGCGGAUAAUUGAAACGUUUGACGGCAAAAGUGUUAAAGCUACGUGCCAAAUUAAAUCGCGUGCUUCGCAUCGUCUCGUCAGUGUCUAUCUUUGGAGCAGACGACAGUCCGCAAAUCGUGGUAAUUCAACCUGCCUCGACUUACGCUCCGCGCUGUCGGUACACCAAUUGUAUUGACGAGGUAGUUACGUACUUUGAGCGUGGUAUAUUCGAAAUUCCGAAUCUUCGAAAUCGCAAUGCACUUCCACUGUUUCCUCAUCACAUUGUUGCUAUCAGUCGCGUUUCGGGUGCACGCAAAUACAGACGUAAUACUGCAAACGAAACACGAAAACGGUAAAAACAAUCACAUCGAAGCCGCUGCCUUUUCAACAACCCAAGUCAAUUGCAAUAUACCGAAUGAAACAAAAUCUGGCGUCUGCUUGGAGGUGAGCGACUGCUCGGCUUAUACGCAAGCACGCAAUGCAGUGAACAUAUCUGCAGAGAAGGUUAACUUCCUAAAGAAAGUACAGUGUAGAUGCAAGAGGAUUGAUGCAAAUGUGCUUGAGCCCAUGGUCUGUUGCCCGGCUAAUGGACAGGACUAUCUAUACCCAUCUUUAAAGUUUUCAAAAUUCGAAUAUCGUCGUUUUCAAAAUGUCACCGCACAAUUCAAGCGCAAGAAGCUGAAACGGCGCAUUCAGACAGUGGACCCGGCACAGAGUUUCAAUUUGAGGAACGAAUGUGGAAAGCAGGUGACGAAUCGCAUUUAUGGCGGCGAGAUCGCCGAACUGGAUGAGUUUCCGUGGCUGGCGUUGCUAGUGUACAAUUCAAAUGAUUUCGGUUGCAGCGGGGCGCUCAUAGACGACCGUCAUAUUCUGACUGCGGCCCAUUGUGUGCGGGGCGAGGGAGUGCGCGAAAAGAAAGGCUUGAAGCUUAUUCGAUUAGGCGAGUUCAACGUUAAAACAGAACCAGACUGCAUUGAGGAGCCGGAUUAUCUAAACUGUGCCGACGCCGCUGUCGAUAUUGGCUACGAUCAGAUAUUCGUUCAUCCCGACUACGAUGAGCAUUCAGUCGCCAAAUUCAACGAUGUCGCCGUAGUUCGACUAAGCCGUGCGGUUUCCUUCACACACUUCAUAAUGCCCAUUUGUCUGCCCAAUAAGGGCGACGAAAGUCCAUUUAAGGCGGGUGAAAUGUUUUCGGUCUCUGGUUGGGGACGCACAGACUUGUUCAACAAAUACUUUCGCAACAUUCACAGUCCCAUCAAAUUGAAGCUACGCAUCCCAUACGUAGGGCGCGACAAUUGCACCGCUAUUUUGGCUAGAUUUGGCAUUGAGUUGGGCCCCAAACAGGUGUGUGCCGGUGGCGAAUUCGCCAAAGACACUUGUGCCGGCGACAGCGGUGCGCCACUUAUGUACUUCGAUCGCAGAUAUUCGCGUUGGGUUGCCUAUGGCGUCGUCAGCUACGGCUUCACCCGCUGCGGCAUGGCCGACCAUCCAGCCGUCUACACGGACAUCUCCUCAUACAUCGAUUGGAUACACAGUGUAGUCUCUGGGAAAUAGAAAAAACACAAACACUUGUACAUACAAACUUACCUGCGUAUUUAAUAUAUAUUCAUAGGCAAAUAACUAGAAAAAUGUAAAAAAAAAUGUACAAAAUGUAUUGGGCGUACACGCCUCCUUCGCCUGUA